AUGAAUAAAUCCUGUUUGAUAGUCUUGAGUGUGCUGGUUUUGCUUUGUGGGUGUUAUACUGAACUGGGUCUUUGUAGACAAGACAACUUCUUGAAGAUGAAGCUUGGUGAUGUUCAUGAUUGUAAGGGUUCUCAAAAUAGUGGCGAGAUCGAUAGCCUCGCUCGUUUUGCUGUUCAAGAACAUAACAAGAAAGAGAAUGCUCUUCUUGAGUUUGUGAGGGUGUUAAAGGCAAAAGAGCAGGUGGUUGCUGGUAAGCUGUACCACCUUACUCUGGAGGCAAUUGAUGCCGGUAAUAAGAAGAUGUAUGAAGUUAAAGUCUGGGUGAAGCCAUGGACGAACUUCAAGAAGUUGCAGGAAUUCAAGCAUGUUGAAGGGGGUAUUUCCUCUGACCUCGGAGGCACAUUAUGCAAAUCAGAUGGUCAUGGAUUGGGAUGGCAAAUGGUGCCAACAAACGAUCUUGAGGUCCAGGAUGCAGCAAAUCAUGCUGUUAAGUCCAUUCAGAAGAGGUCCAACUCACUGAACCCUUAUGAACUCUUAGAGAUCCUUGUGGCGAAAGCCAAGGUCAUUGAAGAUUACACCAAAUUCAAUCUGCUUCUGAAGUUGAGAAGGGGAAUCAAAGAGGAGAAUUUCAAGGUUGAAGCGAUCAAGAACGUUGAAGGGAAGUUUUAUGUGAAUUUGAUGCCAUAA